CUCCCGAGCGCCCGGCCCCGCGCGCUCGUCUCCGCCGCCACCUGCUGCCUGCGUGCGUGGACAUGGCUGGCAAAGCACACAGGCUAAGUGCUGAGGAGCGGGAUCAGCUGCUGCCAAACCUGAGGGCUGUGGGGUGGAAUGAGCUGGAAGGAAGAGAUGCUAUCUUCAAGCAGUUCCAUUUCAAAGACUUCAACAGGGCUUUUGGCUUCAUGACAAGAGUGGCCCUUCAGGCUGAGAAGUUGGACCACCAUCCUGAAUGGUUUAACGUGUACAACAAGGUCCACAUCACCUUGAGCACCCAUGAGUGUGCAGGCCUUUCAGAAAGGGACAUAAACCUGGCCAGCUUCAUCGAACAAGUAGCAGUGUCCAUGACAUAGACAUGGCUCCCCUCUGCAGGCCUCAAGGGAACAGGAUGAUUCAACAAGGCAGCCCGUGUUCCCCAAUGCUUGCUACAGUCAGAACGGCCAGGCUGACCCUGCUGCCUCUGUUUAGGAGUGUCCUUGGCUGCCAAAAGAUGCCAGCAUUACUGCCAGCCCCAGGAAUCGAGACGUUUUCCCACCCUCCCCCUCUCUCCAUCCUUGGAGCUCUGUUACUCUAUGCUAAUUCAACAAGCUCUUCCUUUGCUUGCAAUUUCCCAGAAACAGUAGUGGUGUCCUUUCUGGGUUAUGUCCUAUUAUCCGGCUAGUUCAUUUCCAUGACUGAGGGUGAAAUAAAGUCCCCUUGCAGAAGCCAGGAUCCUAACAAACCCCCUCCUGUGUGACAGAAAUGCCUGUGCUUUCCUGCUUCCAAUAAAACUACUGUAUCACUUCA